AAAAAUAGUUGCGUGUAGCCGGUAAUAGGUUACAAUCCACCUCCAACAAUGGUGGAUGAAAAAAAUAUUUACUUCCUGAUGCGAUUAAACAACUGUCAUUAACAACAAUAACAGUUAUUUUAUGAGAUCUUCCUUCUGAGACUAUGUAAAUGUUACUAAAUAAUGGCGGACUUGGCAACUUUGUGUGGCGUUAUGAAGGUUGAGGACCAGAAAGGGAAAUUUCAAGAGGAGAGAUAUUUCCAGCUUAACCUUGCAGAGAGUAAAGUAUGCAUCUACAUUGAUGAUCCUCAGCAUUUGCCAAAGACAUCUAAUGAUCCUCUGUUGGAAAUAGAUUUCAAUGUGAUAUCAAAGGUGAGCGAUGCAAGAAAGCUACGACCUAAGGGUGGUAACUGCUUCUAUAUCACCCAUUCUGGAGACCAGAUGUUUAUACAGGCAUCAAGUGAAGCAGACAUGAACAAAUGGAUUGACGCUCUCAAUGAAGCUUCUAAAAUAAGGGUAAGUGAGGCCAAGCACAUAGAACUCGCGCCGCCAAACACCAGGAAUGAAGUGGCUGGGGGCGUUAUACAACGGAGCACUGUCGAGAGUUCAGAUGGUGGAAGAGACACACCAGAAACACAGAUGCCAGCGUUGUCAUUGCAGUCAAUUAAGUCGGGGUAUGCCACGAAACAAGGCGCAUUGAGGAAGAAUUGGAAGAGACGUUUCUUUGUAUUGGAUGAAACUGGAUUUUCUUACUUCAAAAAUGAAAAGGAGAGAUUACCAAUCAAAAGAAUACCAUUAACAGAUAUUAGGAAAGCAAUUCCUGUUAUAAACACACACCAUCACAGACAGAAUCUAUUUGAAAUUGUGACAGAGGACAGAACUUAUUACGUUCAGUGUGAGACGCCAACAGAAUGUACAGAGUGGAUCCACACUUUAAAUCACUGCAUUGACAACAUGGGCCAGGAUUCAGGUUUUACAAACUUUAACCUACGGCCGUCUGUUCAUCAAUAAGUUGACGGAAACAACAGCGCUUUGAGUCCCCAAAGAGUGCCAACAGAAGCUGUUCACAUGAGAACCCCCUCUCAAGAGGCCACAAAGCCUAGCCGGGCCGUCUGGGUAUGACCUGAAACUUUGAACUCCCAGCAUGAUUACAGUGGUGUGACCUUGAAAUUUGACCUGCAUGUGAACAGUGAGAUGACCUUCAGCAUGUUAACAUUUGGCACAACCAUUGUCUUUGAACUCUAUUGUUUUUAUUUUAUGUGUGACAUUGAACUUAACAAUCCAGUGUUAAAAAAUUUAACCAUAUGACCUUGAAAGUUGACAAGUAACUUACUUAUAUUUUAUUUUACCUUUUACUUUUUGACCUACAGCAUGGCAGUUUGAUAUGUCAUUGAAUUCGUAUCUUUUCAAUAUGAACAUUAACUUUGACCUGCUCGAUGUAAAAUAUUUGCAUGAACAUGAACUUUGACCUUCAUAUUGCAAUCAUAGUGGCUUGUGACAUAGAGCAUUGUGCAUUGUGCCCUGAAUAGUCAUCGAGCUUUUCCCUCAGGCCUUUAUGAGGAAUGCCACUUUUUGCCAGAAUUUUCAAACCAAGGGUACCCAUGUGUCUGAAUUUCAAAUUCUAUGGUACCCAUGUGCUUGAAUUGCCAACUCUAUGUUCCCCAUGUGCUUGAAUUGUUAACUCUAUUGUACCCAUUUGCUUGAAUUGUCAACUCUAUGGUACCCAUGUGCUUGAAUUGUCAACUCUAUGGUACCCAUGUGCUAUAAUUGUCAAACCUAGGGUACCCAUGUGCUUGAAUUGUCAAACCUAGGGUACCCAUGUGCAUGAAUUGUUAAACCUAGGGUAACCUUGUGUUUUAAAUAUCUAAACCUAGGGAACCAUUGUGUCUGAAUUUCUGAACCGUGGGUACCCUUGUGCAACAUAAUGAUAAUUAUGGGCUUUUUUAUAUCUGAAAUUAUGUAGAAAUUAAACAACAAAUGAAAUUUAAAAAAAAGAAAGGCAUUGGGAACUAAGGGUCUUUACUCUGUACCUUAACGAUAUAAUGGGUAUUGCCCGAUGGAGCAUAGGUAUGGUUCAGGUUGAAAGAAAUUCAAUGUCUUAUUCAUCUUACAGGAUGACAAGGGGCAAGACUUUCUGUGUUAAUGGUAUUUGUCUUUUAAAGGAAGUCUCCUUUUAGAAUCAAGUUUAGGGGAAGUGCCAUCCCUGAUUAGCCUCUCAAACAUAAGGCAUUAUGAAAUAAUGUACAAAUAAACAAAUUAACAUAAAAAAACAAUAUAAAUAAAUUUAAGAUUUAUGGACAUUUUGAAUACUGGGGUGUGCCAUGCAAUUUCUAAAAUUUACAUAUUUUAAUAAGAACAAUAGCUUAAAUAAGUAAGUAUUACAACCAGAACAAUAUUUAGUGAACAUGCAUUAAGUGAAUAUGCAUUAAGUGUCAUACCAGUUUAGCCUUUGCAGUCUGCAUAGCCUUGCAGGGACUUUGCUUCCUGCCUAGACUGGAUUUUUUUUUAGAAAAGACAUCCAUUAAAUUGCAAAUGUUGUCUCUGAUGAGCAUGUGAAGGCUGAACAAGCUAUCUUGGGAAUGUUGUCUCUAAUGAGCAUGUGAAGGCUGCACAGGCUAUCUUGGGAAUGUUGUCUCUAAUGAGCAUGUGAAGGCUGCACAGGCUAUCUUGGGAAUGUUGUCUCUAAUGAGCAUGUGAAGGCUGAACAGGCUAUCUUGGGAAGCCUCUUGUUGUCUCUGAUGAGCAUGUGAAGGCUGAACAAGCUAUCUUGGGAAGCCUCUUUAUGCACAUGCAUUCCAUAAAACACCGGCAUUAGGACCUGUUUAAGAAUUAAAAUGCUACCACCUUACACAUUCACUGAUUAAAAAAUAAUAAAAUCUUGUAAGGAUGUAUUUAAAAAUCCAUAAAAGCGAUCAAGCGGUCUAUCAUUUAAACAAAAAGAACAGAAUAGAGAACCAUAUUUUUCUUAGUAUUUGCAUUACAAGUAUGUUUAUUUUGUUAGUGAUAUCAACUGAUGGUUUUCUUAUUUGCAAAAUAGCAGUGUUUUCAAUGUUACUGUAUGUAGGGAGUUAUUGUGAUCCUCUAUAUGCAUUUUAAUUUUAUUUAUUUGCUAAUUUUUAUCAAAUGAAUUGAUCUGUUAGCAGGUUGCUUUAAAAAAACAAAAACAUUUUUACCAAAGAUUAUGCCCAAAAGUUUAUAUGUAUAAUUGUAUUAGGAUUAAUCAUAUUUAUUGUAUCUUCUCAUCUUUGUUUAGUUUUAAAUGCAGUAUUUUUUAGCUAUUGUGAUCAGCCUAUUUCCUGAAUUGUGUGUUAUCAACUGUUAGCCCUUAAUUGCACUACUUGGUUUAUUUUCAGUCCAAUCUUGAUGAAACUUGCUCAGAAUGUUAAGCAUAAAAAUAUCUAGGCUGAGUUUAAAUCUGGGUCAUGUUUGUCGACAUAAUAGGUCCCUGUGUAAAAUCUUAGAAAAACUUAAGUGCCUCAUUUAUGAAUAAGUUAAGUUGAAACAUGGGAUGUUUUUUUAUGUCCCCCACCCACUAUAGUGGGGGACAUAUUGUUUUUGCCCUGUCUGUUGGUCUGUACGUUGGUCUGUUGGUCUGUUUGCUCUGACUUUAACAUUUGCAAUAACUUUUUCAAUAUUCAAGAUAGCAACUUGAUAUUUGGCAUGCAUGUGUAUCUCAUGGAGCCGCACAUUUUGAGUGGUGAAAGGUCAAGGUCAUCCUGCAAGGUCAGAGGUCAAAUAUAUGUGGCCAAAAUCGCUCAUUUUAUGAAUACUUUUGCAAUAUUGAAGAUAGCAACUUGAUAUUUGGCAUGCAUGUGUAUCUCACGGAGCCGCACAUUUUGAGUGGUGAAAGGUCAAGGUCAAGGUCGUCAUUCAAGGUCAGAGGUCAAAUAUAUGUGGCCAAAAUCGCUCAUUUUAUGAACACCUUGGCAAUAUUGAAGAUACCAACUUGAUAUUAAGCAUGCAUGUGUAUCUCAUGGAGCCGCACAUUUUGAGUGGUGAAAGGUCAAGGUCAUCCUUCAAGGUCAAAGGUCAAAUAUAUGGGUCAAAAUCGCUCUUUAAAUGUACACUUGCAAUAUUAAAGCUAGUAACUUGAUAUUUGGCAUGCAUGUGUAUCUCAUGGAGCUGCACAUUUUAAGUGGUGAAAGGUCAAGGUCAUCCUGCAAGUCAGAGGUCAAAUAUAUGUGGCCAAAAUCGCUCAUUUUAUGAAUACUUUUGCAAUAUUGAAGAUAGCAACUUGAUAUUUGGCAUGCGUGUGUAUCUCAUGGAGCUGCACAUUUUGAGUGGUGAAAGGUCAAGGUCAAGGUCGUCCUUCAAGGUCAGAGGUCAAAUAUGUGGCCAAAAUCGCUCAUUUUAUGAACACCUUGGCAAUAUUGAAGAUACCAACUUGAUAUUUGGCAUGCAUGUGUUUCUCAUGGAGCAGCACAUUUUGAGUGGUGAAAGGUCAAGGUCAUCCUUCGAGGUCAGAGGUCAAAUAUAUGUGGCCAAAAUUGCUCAUUUUAUGAAUACUUUGGCAAUAUUGAAGAUACCAACUUGAUAUUUGGUAUGCAUGUGUAUCUCAGGGAGCCGCACAUUUUGAGUGGUGAAAUGUCAAGGUCAUCCUUCAAGGUCAAAGGUCAAACAAACAAACAAAAUCAAAGCGGUGCAGAUGGGGUCAUAGUGUUUCUGACAAACACAUUUUUAAAUAUUGAAGAUAGCAACUUGAUAUUUGGCAUGCAUAUGUAUCUCAUGGAGCUGCACAUUUUGAGUGGUGGAAGUUCAAGUUAAAGGUCAAAAAAUUUAUAAAAAUCUCAAAGCUGCGUUCUUAUGAAGCUUCACAUUUUGAGUGGUGGAAGUUCAAGGUCAAUGUCAUUCUUCAAGGUCAAGGUCAUCCUUCAAGGUCAAAGGUCAAAAAAAUAUAUAUAUAAAUUCGAAGGGGCAUUAUAUUGAAGCUGCACAUUUUGAGUGGUGGAAGUUCAAGGUCAAGGUCAUCCUUCAAGGUCAAAAAAAAAAAAUCAAAGCGGUGUUCUCAUGAAGCUGCACAUUUUGAGUGGUGGAAGUUCUAAGUCAAGGUCAUUCUUCAAGGUCAAGGUCAUCCUUCAAGGUCAAAGGUCCAAAAAAAAUAAUUCAAAGCGGCGUUAUCAUGAAGCUGCACAUUUUGAGUGGUGGAAGUUUAAGGUCAAGGUCAUCCUUCAAGGUCAAGGUCAUCUUUCAAAGUCAAAGGUCAAAAAAAAAUAUUUCAAAGCGGUGUUCUUAUAAAGCUGCACAUUUUGAGUGGUGGAAGUUCAAGGUCAUCCUUCAAGGUCAAAGGUCAAAUAUAUGGGGGACAUAGUGUUACACAAACAAAGCUUGUUUUCUUUACAAUUAAUAGGUCAAGUUCAAAUCUGGGUCAUGUUCAUCCAAAAACUAAAUCAAGAGGUCAAAUUUUUAGAAUAGAAUGCAUUAUAACCUUUCUAUAAGCCGCAUUUAUGACUCAAUCUUUAUGAAAGUUUGUCAGAAUGUUUAUAUUGACAACAUCUAGACAGGGUUCCAAUCUUGUGUCACUUGUUACAAAAAAAUCUGGGUUACCAGAUCAAAUCUAAGAAACACUUCGUGAUCCUCUAAAAGCCACAUUUUAGUAUCAAUGUUGAAGAAUCUUGGGCAGAAUGUUUAUUUUGACAAUAAAUAUCUUGUCUGAGUUUGAAUCUAUAUCACCCGUUUCCAAAAUCUAUGUCACCUGGUCAAAUCUAAGAAAACCUUGUUUUCUUUAAAAAGGCCAAUUUUGUGACUCAAUCUUGAUGAAAUUUUAUUAGAAUGUUUAUCUUGAAAAUUAAGCCUCAUUUUGAAUAUGUGAUUAUGGGUCAAGUGUGAUCAAAAGUGUUGUGUAAAGGUCAAAUCCUAUUGUUUUUAUAAAGAGGAUACAUUAAUUAAUAAAUAUUUAUGAAGCCAAGUCAAAAUGUUUAUCUUGACAAAAUCUGUGCCAAGUUUGAAUCUAGGUCAUUUACGUCCAAAACUUGGUCAAAUCUGAGGAAAAACAAACUUUGGUAGGUCAAAUCUGAGGAAAAUCAAACUUAGGUACGGUACUACUCCCUGUCCACGCAAUCUUGACAAACUUUUGUCAGAAUGUUAAUCUCUACGAGUUCUAAUGCGGCAAAACUGGGUCACCUGAUCAAGCUUAGAAAAACCUUGUUUUCAUCAUAUAGGCCACAUUUAUGACUCAAUUGUUGAAACUCUGUAAAAAUUGUAUGUUUUACAAGAAGUUAUUCAAAGAAAUGUAUGACCCAAAACUAGGUCACCAGGUCAAAUUGUUGCAAUUGGUUUACCCUGAACUCAGCUGAGUGUUUCAGAGCUAUCAUGACCCUCUUGUUGUUGCAGACUUUGAUAAAAACAACAGUGCCAUUUCAUGUAAAAUCCAAUUUUAUCAAAGCCAUUUUAUGUAUAAACCACAUAUGCACAUUUAAGAAAAACAAUAUACUGUGUAUCAUGCUGUACAUGAAUUUCCAAUUAACCAAUGUACAACAUUGAACUUUUUAUGUCCCCCACCACUAUAGUGGAAGACAUAUUGUCUUUGCCCUGUUUUGCCCUGUCUGUUGGUUUGUUUGUGUGUUUGUUUGCUCCAACUUUAACAUUUUGCCAUAACUUUUGUAAUAUUGAAGAUAGCAACUUCAUAUUUGGCAUGCAUGUGUAUCACAUGGAGCUGCACAUUCUGAGUGGUGAAAGGUCAAGGUCAUCAUUCAAGGUCAAAGGUCAAAUAUAUAGCUUUAAAGCGGCGCAAAAGGGGACAAAGUGUUUCUGACAAACACAUAUCUUGUUAAAUAAGCUACUGGUAAGUACUAUAAUAAUAUACCGGUAAUACAAAUCUGUUUAAAGCCACUCGCCCUGCAAGGGCUACCAGCUGACAAAAUAAGUUUUGUACCUUGACCAUUUUGCAUAUACUUUAUUACUCCAAAGUUAUUUUAUGCACAAUGGCAGUGGAAGCCUUUAAGAGAUUGCACUUGGUGUAUCAAAGUUGAAUAACCUUUAUAUGUAGACUGUUAGAAAGGAAUUUUGACUGCAACUAGUUGUGGCAGAACUAUGGCCCUUUAUAGCCCAUCUGAGCACAAUGUGCUCAUGGUGAGCUUUUGUGAUAUCGCCUUUUGUCCGUUGUGCGUGGUGUGGCGUCAACAUUUGCCUUGUUAACACUCUAGAAUUUUUCUCAUAUGGCUCUAGUAAAAUCUUGUUAAACCUACAAUUCACAUUUAUAGACCAAUCUUUAUUAAAUUUGGUCAGAACAUUUGUUCUAAUGAUGUCACGGAUGAGAUCAAAAAUGGUUCCUGUUGGUUGAAUAACAUGGCCACCAGGAGUGGGUUCAAUUUUUCCUUAUAUUGCUAAAGCAAAACCUUGUUAACACUUAUAAACUCACAUUCAUUGUCCAAUCUCCAUGAAACUUAGUCAGACAAUUGUUUUGAUGAUAUCUUCGAUGAGUUUGAAAAUGGUUCUGUUGAAACACAUGGCUUCUAGGGGGCGGAGCAUUUUUCCUAAACGGCUAUAGUAAAACCUUGUUAACACUCUUUAAGUUACAAUUAUAGAUCGCUCUUCCUGAAACUUGGUCAAAACAUUUGUUUUAAUGAUAUCUUUGGCUGAACAGAACAGGUCAUUUCCUUUGUGUAUCAGGUGAGCAACUUUGAGCCUUUUAGGCCCUCUUGCUUGUGUAGUUGAGUUAGUACUUUUAAAACAUUCCAAUGUGUUUCUGCCAACUAUGACCAUUUAAAAAAAGACUUAUAACUUGCAAACUAGAAAAAUAUAUCAGCUUUUUUGUUAUAAAUUCCUGUUUUGUUUUUGUCUUUUACUACGUUUCACUUAGGUAUGUCUUGAUCAUUUUUUCAGUUAUGCUCAUACUAUGUUACUCAUGUCUAAAGCUUUAACUUCUGUGUUUGUAUAUAUACAUGUACUCUGUUUUUAAUAUAUUUUAAUAUGUUUGCACUGUAUUCUGCAAUCAAAGGUUAAGCAAUAAUCUUUUGUAUCUAAUAUAGAUAUGAGAAAAUGCGACUUUAAAUAUGUGCAAAAAGUGGUGUCCUAAAUCAGCCAGUGCAGUCCAUACAGGCUUAUCAGGGACAACACUUUCCUCUUUAUAGUAGUGCUAGUUUCAAAAUAAUCUCUGCAAAAUCUAAUUUAGUUGGAAAGUAUUGUCUCUGAUUUUAUUCUGCAGUGAUUUAAAAAAUCCUUUUAAGAACAAAAUAGGAGGAAUUUGCUGUUAUAAUUGUAUGUGUUUGUGUUAAAUUAGCGGAUCUGUCACCUUACGAAAUCGAGGAAAACUAAUGUCCCGCGAAUAAUAAUGUUUUUCAAGUAUGAAAAUUUCAGUCAUGUUACAAUAGAUCAAGAUGUACCUGGUAGGAUGGCAUCUAGCAGUUGAACUGUCCAUCUGUGCGUCCGUCCGAAAACUUUAACGUUGCACAUAACUUUUGCACUAUUGAAGAUCGCAACUUUAUAUUUGGCAUGCAUGUGUAUCUCAUGGAGCUGCACAUUUUGCGUGGUGAAAGUUCAAGGUCAAGGUCAGCCUUCAAGGUAAAAGGUCAAAUAUAUGGCUUCAAAGCAGAGCAGUAGGGGGCAUUGUGUUUUUUAACAAACACAUCUCUUGUUUAUUUAUGAAUUCAGAUUUUUUGCUUAGUUUAUAUGUACAACAAUGUAUACACAGUGUAUGCAUAGCCAUUAUUACAUGUUCUUAUUAUGUUUCACUAGUAUUUAUGUAUGUCAAAAUUUUUGAUAGGUCAUUAACAUAAUUAAAGAACACAAAUGUA